UCGGUCGGUGAUUCGAAAUUAAACCGUCCAACGGUUUUUGUAUUGUGGUAUUUUGUUCGUAAUCGAAUCAUUAUAAAAUAUUUUUGUGCAUAUUAAAGUGAAUCCUGCAUACUCGACUUACCCGUAGUGCGUAGUGCAAUUAAAGCUUACUAAUCACCGUUAAUUAUUUAGUAAAAACACGAUGUCUCAACAACAAACAAAAAAUUGUAUCACACUCCGAGGAUCUGCUCAAAUAAUUUGUGAAUAUCUGAAAUUCGCCAUAAAUUCAGUUUUGUUCCAAAGAGGUUUAUAUCCUCCGGAGACGUUCAAAACCGAACAACAAUAUGGAAUUACACUUUUACUUUCGGAAGACGCUCAAAUUAAGAGCUUUUUAACCAAUCUCUUGACUCAAAGUGAAGAAUGGAUAAUUAACAAGAAAGUAAGCAAGCUCUCCCUUGUAAUCCUUAACGUCGCCAACAAGGAAAUCUUAGAAUGCUGGGAUUUCAACGUGCAGUACGAAGAUGGUGACGCAGCAUUAUCAAAAGAAAAAAACGAAACCAUAGGUAACAAAGACUUGAAAAAGAUUCAACAAGAAAUUAGAGAUGUUAUGUUGCAAGUAGCUGCAACAAUAUCAUAUUUACCGUUCCUAGAUUGUCGGUGUUCAUUUGACGUUUUGGUUCAUGCUAAAACUGAUUGUGACGUGCCUGAGAAAUGGGCUGAAGCAGAGCCUAUAUCCAUAGCCAACGCACAAAAUGUUCAAUUAAAAACGUUUUCCACUAGCCUCCACAAAAUGGAAACUGUAGUCAGUUAUAAGCUAGCAGAUUAGUGUAAUAUUAGUAGUAGGUAAGCUUACUUUGUUUUAGGAUUUUGUGUAAAAGUUUUUAUAGCAUUUUUUUGCCUGAAUAAAAUUGCCUGCAGUGCUCACAGUAUUAAAUUUAAUUUUUGGAUUUAAUUUACCAAAGUUUUUGAAUAAUACUUUGUUUUCUAGUUUGUAUGAUUUUUAACAUUCCACCUGAAUAACACAACAUUAAAGCAUAAUAAUAAAAAGGCAUUUACUUUUGUUGAUUUUUAGCAAUAAAAAUGUUUUAAAUAUAAUAGACUAGUUUCCUAAAAAAUAAUAAUUAGUCCGUCUUGUAGAUUGUCCAAAAUUAAGCGAUACGUAUUUUUUCUUUUUUAAAUUGGAUCAGAACUUAGAUAUAGCAUAUUAAAGUUGAGUGUGACGUCACAAUGUGCUACAAUUUUCAGGACUCUGUGACGUAAAAGGCCCCAUCUCCUAAUUUUUAAAGAGUUGUAUCUUUGCCAUUUUAUGUUUAAUUAAAAAAAGAAAAAAUACGUAUCCGAUAUUUUUUUAAAGCGGACAAAAUAUUAUUUCAUUAUUUCGGCCCUGGAUACUACCCUAUUGUGAUGAUGUGUAUUCAGGCUUAAGAGCAGCUCACUCAUACUGUUUGUUGGUACAAUGUGCAUGUAGUAAAAACAAACACAAAAUAGUCUUCUAAUUAUGUAUACUUACAUAAACUGUUAAAUAAUCAUGCAGAGUACAUGUUGUAAUCAUACAGUUCUCUCUCAUUGUAAUGUCCACUUACUACUAAUUUCCGAGUACAGAUACUGAGUGGUUUUCAUUGUCCAUCACGUACCAUUCUGCCCCUUACUGACUGGAAAUGGUUUCUACAUGCUGUUCCAGGCCACUAUUACAUUUGGCAUGAAUAUUUUUAUGUCUUCUAUGAAGAUAAAAUAAGUAAAUAUUUAGGGAAGCAAAAAAAAACUCCAGUCCUGAAUAUUACAAUAACUUUCCAAAUGUGUGUCUGUUAUGCCACAUAUUGUGCACUAAAGCACGUAGGUGCUUUAAACCGAAAAUGUAGUUUAAAAUAGUAACUUAAGCUUCCUUAAAAUAGAUCUCUGUAAAGGGCUUAUUACACUUGACUAAAUUCAGUCGCCUCUAAAUGAUUCAGUCACUAAAUUCACACAAAUGUAAUUGCAUUUAGGAAGGUAGGUUUCACUGAAUCAUCUAGAAACCUAAUUAGGCCACUGAAUUUAGUCAAGUGUAAUAAGGCCUUAAGUUUUAUUUCUUCUCAAUGAAAUAUUAAUUUUGAUAAAUAGUUGGUUGAUUUUAUCCUGUAAAUUGUGCAUGUUGUUUUAAAACAUAUUUUAACCAGAAUCAGAAGUUCUUAUUUUAAUUGCAUUUGUCAUAAAAUCUAGUGCUAUGUCUCAAUGCAGUAGUCUAAUUAUAGGGCUUAUUACACUUGACUAAAUUCAGUCGACUAAAUGAUUCAGUCACUGAAUUCAAACAAAUGUUAUCGCAUUUAGGAAGGUAGGUUUCAUUAAAGCUACUGAAUUUAGUCAAGUGUAAUAAGCCCUUUAGUCGAAAGUAGUUUUAAAUAGUGAUAAGUCAGUAAAGCUUCUGUAUUAUAUUGCCCUAUUGUCUUUAGUAUCUUGUACUAAGUAGCUGUUUUUUUCUAAUAUAAGUAUAGAUUGAA